UCUCUCUCGGAAUUCUUUUUUUUUUUUUUUAGAAAGCACCUUCCUCUUGAUUCAGCCAGUGACUGGAAAGUUACAAGCACGGCGUGAUUUCCGUUACCAGUUUUCAGAAUAAAACACCUCAUAUUUAAUUACCAGUCAUGCUCCACUUAAUCAGACAAACCAUCAAGUUAAUACAGAUUUGGUGUAUAAACUAUAUUUUAUUACUAUUUAUAUUAUUUGACAUCUGGACCACUAAUAUAUAUUUACAUAUACUCGUAUGCAGUAAUAUGUCACAAUUAAAAUUGUUGAUAUUCAUUCUUUGUACUUUUUAUUUGUAUGCUUAUAUGAAUAAAUAAAUAAAAAGUGGAUCUUAUUUGCAGAUAAAGUCACUUUGAAUUGGAUUGAUUACCCAUAGACAUCUACAACAAACAAAAUCUGUAUGCCAGCGCAUGCAAAUAGUGGAUUGAUUUGAAAUAUCUAAUGUAUUUAGAGUAUUUCAUUUUGUAUUCAUUCACAAGACUAUUUAAAAACAAUAAACUAAAUCUGCUGUUUCAUUGUUGUCAUGACAGUCUGUAAUUGCAAUGCCCACGAUUCCUUCUUAACGUUCCAUUAUUUGACCCAUAAUAACAUUUUAAUUUAUUCCAGAUCCGACAAGAAUUUCAGAAUCAUUUUACUUGUACGUUUUCAUCAGUCGACUUCCGGCGGUGUGUGACGGUCGUCAGCUUGAUGCGACCCGCUCGCUUUCAGAACGUUUCAGUCCGUUGAAAGGUCUCUGCCGGGAGGAGGAGGAGGAGGACGACGAGGUCAUUUCCACCACGGGGUCUCUGAAGGACACAAGGAAUCACCACAAGGAACCCAGCGGGCGUCUCCAUGGCGACCAUCGUGAUGGAGAGCAUCGGGCGGGUGUUCAUCAGCCUGCAGCAGAUCAGGGGGGUCCCCCGGAUGCUGACCGAGGCCGCCCCCUCCAUGCCCGGCACCGUGCGCGACACCGACGUGCCGUACUACUUCAGGGAGCGCUACGUGUGCGGCGGCUACCGACCGCUCCACCAAAACUGGCGCUACUACUUCCUGUCUCUGUUCCAGCGCCACAACGAGACCAUCAACGUGUGGACCCACCUGCUGGCGUUCGUGGUCAUCCUGGUGAAGCUGCGCCACCUCGCCGAGAGCGUGGACUUCGCCGGCGACCCCCACUCGUGGCCCCUGAUGAUCCUCGUCGUGUCCUCGCUGACCUACUCGGCGUUCAGCGCGGCGGCCCACCUGCUGGGGGGCAAGUCGGAGCUGUGCCACUACGUCUUCUACUUCCUGGACUACGUCGGCGUGGCGCAGUACCAGUACGGCAGCGCCAUCGUUCACUUCUACUACGCCGUGGACGAGGGCUUGCACGGACACGUGCGCGGGGUCUUCAUGCCGGCCGCCGCCGUCCUCAGCUGCCUGUCGUGCCUGGGAUGCUGCUACGGCAAGUACUGCAACCACAGCCUGCCCCCGUGGGUGCGUAAAGUGUGCCAGGUGGUGCCCUCGGCGAUCGCGUACGCGUGGGACAGCAGCCCCGUGGCCAAACGGAUCGCGUGGUGGUGCGCGGCCGGCGGCGGCGGCGACGGCGACGACGACCCCGCCAUCGCCUUCCACUUCGGCCAGUUCGGCUUCUUCCUCGGCUGCUCCGUCUUCUUCACCUUCCCCGUGCUGGAGCGCUGCUUCCCCGGGCGGUGCAACUUCGUGGGGCAGAGCCACCAGAUGUUCCACGUGUUCCUGUCCUGCUGCACGCUGUGUCAGAUCCACGCGUCCCACCUGGACUACGCGGCCCGCCGCGAGCUGUACUCGCGCCUGCACGGCAGCGGCGAAGCCGGCGUGUUCGCGGGCCUUUACGCGGCCACCCUGGCGUCGUGCGCGCUCAUCGCCGCCCUCAUGCUGAGGAGAGUGAAGCGCGUGCUCGACGCCGACGCCAAGUCCAAGUGACGCGUGAGAGAUGUUGGAGGAGCCUCCAUGUGCCUUAAUUCUUUCUUCCAGAAGAGCUGCUUUGGUAGAAGAGGAACAAAUUGCACAGUUGAAUGCUGCUGUCUGGACUUUGGAUGUAGAUCACAGGGAUUCAGGAGGUUAGAGUUUGUAUUUUGGUACCAAUUUGUGUAAGAAUUUGUCCAUGAAUCAGCAUAUAACUUUUUCUAAAAUAGAAUUCAUAAAAUCUUGCGUAUUACGUAUCAGAAUUUGCACAUUCAUAUUGAAAUAUAUUGGAAUUUGGUUGUUCCUGUUGUUUUCAUAUUUCACCCAAACUAUUGGGCUUAUUUUGAAAUCUAUGAUCAAAGAAGUGGCUUAAAAAUAAUGUGGCCUUCUCGAUGGAACUUCAGACACUUUAAUGUAGAAACAAAGAUUUUCCCACUUUACAGUAAAACACGCAUUUGGGGCCAAGUCAAUUGUUUCCUUAUUUUAUGCAAAGUUUGGCCUAAAGUUGCUGCUGAGUAUCUCCUUGUGAUUGUAACGGUUCCCCUGAAUGCCAACAUUAAUGGCAUUUAUUUAGCUUUAGAAGUUAAGUUGUGCAUUUAUAUGUUAAAAAAAAAAGAUGUUUUCACUGCCAGAUUAAAAACUGUUUUUUUUUAACACUUCCUAAUACUCGUAGAUACACUGCCUUUAACAAAGCUGGAUAUUUUGUUAUGAGGGAUCUUAUUUAUAAUGAAGGCUUAAUAAUGAACAUGAGUACACCCGUGUAGACUGAUUUGUAUUGUUUAUAUUCAGAUCUCAGUGAUCACUGUAUUAUUGGGAAUCGUCACAGUGUCUUUUUGCACCAUGAGGGAAAAAGUAACGUAGAUGAUACAUGAGCGUACUAAGACAAAGGUGUCGUGAGAUACUAAUAAAUACUACUGACUAGGACGUAAACUCGUGGGAUCUAUCAAACAUCUCUUGAGGACAGACCGUCAGAAAUAACCUUAUACAUUUUUUUACAAUUUCUCUUGAGUUUUUUGUGACAAUCUUGCUCAUCGAAGGACUGUGAGGUUCCAGAUGGGGGGGGUGGGGGGGGGGUGGGGAAGGGGGACAAUUGGGUGAUGUUAAUCAGGAGCGCAUUGACCUUCCCGCACUGUGCCAGGAGCAACAUGUACAUGUUGACUUCAUUGUUAUCUUUAAAGCGUGACACGCAGCCUCCAUGACGGAGCACGCUGCUGGUCACCAAACAUCUUCUGACCCCAACAGUCAGAAAAUACAAGUUAAAUGUUGUUUAUAUUCAGAAGUCUCCAUCACUGUGCAGGGUUUAAUACAGACAUCAUUUUGUUAGCACAUGGUCCCCGUUGUUUUACAUUCACAGACAUCCUGGCUCCUUCUGUCAACACGGUCCUUUAUUAUUAUUAACGGGGCGAUAAAGUCUUUGGCGUUCAGACUGUUCAGGGACAUUUGUAGUUAAAGGGCGUCUCCCCCGAACAGCAACAAGAUAAAUCCCCCCCCCUCCCACCCCCCCAAAAAAAACAUUUAUCCAAUCGCCAAGAACCUUCGGACCCUCUUUGUUGCCCACGCGAUUUAUUAUUUCCAUAAAUCUGUGUGCUUGAACUGGCGCCACUAACAUCCACGAGUCCUCAGCUCACGACGCGUAACCGCUGAACGUGUCAAAGCAUGUGAAUAAACGUCAAGUGUUCUACUCUU